AUGGGGUUCAGAGACCUUAAAUGUUUUAACCAAGCGCUGUUGGCGAAGCAGGUUUGGAGACUUUAUGAGGGAACAAACCCGCAACUGUCUGCUGUUCUUAAAGCUCGAUACUUCAAAAAUGAUGACGUGCUGGCAGCAAGGAGGGGUUUUGACCCGAGCUUCACAUGGAGAAGUAUUUGGGGUUCAAAAUCACUCCUCCAAGAAAGUUUGGGAUGGAGAGUUGGCUGGGGUUGGACAAUCAAUGCAAGGAAUGAUAAAUGGCUUAUGAUUGAUGGAAAAUUCUCUUGCCCAAAAAUGCUAAUUGAUAAUAUCCCGGACUUCAAGGUUGGGGAGUUGAUUGAUGCAGAUGCUAGGAGAUAG